AUGCAGCUCGCAGGCCAAAGUCCUCAAGUACGUCAACGGAACCCGAAGGUUCGCAAACUCGUCGAUCUCACCAGGAAGUUCUUUGCUAUUGCUUGUAACCACGAGGAGCCUUUUGGAUUUACUAUUAAAGAGGUCUGCGAUAAGCUGGCUAUUGAAAGUAGACGGCUCUACGAUCUGAUAAACGUUCUAGAGGCGCUCGGUAUUAUCAUCAAGCAGCAAGGGCCCCACUAUGAAUUUAUCGGUCUCGCCUUUGUAGACCAAGCAGUCCAGGCCUUUGUAAGCCGGGCGGCGUCAAGUAGCUCUACCAGCCUCAAUGCAAACACUCGCUUUAAGCUUCAUGAACUGUCCAUAUGGUUUAUGAGCCACAUAAUUAAGGCGGCCCCAGGAAACGUCUCUCUGGCAUCCAUUGAAAGCACCCUCGGAUUGAAGUCGAGUCAGGUGCGUCGACUGUAUGACAUUACCAACAUAUUAGAAGGUAUGCACCUUAUUACCAUUAUUAACCAGCGUGGGUCAAAGCCUAGCUACUCCUGGAAUAACGAGAGCCUAUCUACAGUAUGUCGAGGCAUCAUCACAAAGGCUGACCAGAUGGGGCUAGGCACAUCUCUCUCUGAGAAAUCCUUCAAAGAUGUACAUGCGUCUAGAAGUGGGCAUUCUCUGCAUAAUGUUGACCCAGAUUGCUAUCCGCCUCGCAAGCGGAAACGAGCUUUUUAUAGGGACCCCAGAAACGAUUGCUCCAGCACUAGCAGCAGAUCAGAGUCGUGUUCUGCGUCCAGUGACUCUGCGCUGCUUAGCUGUGACUCUGCAGAGGUUGGUCUUGCAAGUCCGGUCACUGAUAGAUUGCAGCCCACGGAAACUGUGUCUCAAUCUUCAGUAAGUGAUAGUGUCUCUCCUCGAGAGGGCCCAGGCACAAUGCACAUCGUUACCUUGUCUUCUCCGUCUAAGGCAGUGCUAGUCUCUGACCAUGGGUAUUGGGGAAUAAGCCACGACACCCCUCAGACAAGGCGAUUCUUCAGCAGUCUUCUUAAGCUAUCACAGGAAAAGGAGAACAAACUCCCGCCUCUCGCCGUGCCUUCUAGCACGACUCCCACCCCCUCCAUCACCCCGUGCGGAACUGUGCUGCCAUUUUGCAAGGGAUGCGUGGAUCAAACACCGCAUUUACAGAAGCUCUACACUGAUAUCCGCGAAAGCAGUGUAAGUACAGAGCUCACACCCCUAGAGAUUACUUUAGAUCCGUGUGCCCUGGAGGCACACGCAAACGGAGCACACUAG